UGGAAGAUCUUGGUGAUUCUGAUGAAAUUGAAUUUGCUAAAAAUCAGAAUGUAGAACUAGAUUUAAUACUAGAUUUACAGAGUAAUAGUAUUAUUGCUUUAUCUGAUUCCACAGGAAUUCCUUCUGAAAAUAUCAUGGAUAAUGAACAACAUUUAUCUAUUGAAUCCUCAAAAAUUACAACACAAAGCUCAAUCCAUUUGUUUCGAAAUACAAUACGAUCUGGGCAUGAAGAAAUUUUAUCCUGGAUUUCAUUAUUCAAAUAA